CCUCGGGGCGGGCUCAGGGACGCGGGUCCCAGUGCGCCCCGCGCGGCGCCAUGGCAGGGCCCGGGCCGGAGUACGAGACGCCGGAGUUGUGCACGCGCGUGUUCCCUGUGGGCGCCGUGGGGGCGCUGUGGCGGGAGCGGCUGCCCGCGGCGGACCUGUCCCUGGCACAGCGGAACGUGGUGGAGGCAGAGGCGGCGGUGGCCGCCGAGCUGGGCUGCCCGCUGGACACGGCGGCCGAGCUUCGCGCAGUGUGCAGCAUUGACAUGUUAAAGAGCCCUGAUGGAGAAGAAGAUCCAGAGGUUAUUCCUGAAGACACCACGCUAGAAACUCUUCGAAUUAGAAAGAAGGCACUGGAUAAGCGAGAGGAAAGCAUAAUUAUAGAUCGUCCUUGCAGAACAGAAACAUUUAUUUAUGAAAUGGAGUCUCAACCUGUUGGAAAGAGGCCUAACAAUCCAGAAGAUCUAGUUGAAGAGGGAGACCUGCUUUUAACUUUGAACAUCUACUGUCCUGUCAUAUUUGAAAAGCAUAAAGAAAACAAACCAUAUCAGACGGUCCUUGUGUUAGGGAGUCAAAAACUCACUGAACUAAGAGACUCCAUUUCCUGUGUCAGUGACCUCCAGAUUGGUGGUGAGUUCAGCAGCCAGCCUGACCAGGCUCCGGACCACAUCAGCAAGGAUCUGUACAAAGCUGCCUUCUUUUAUUUUGAAGGAGUUUUUUACAAUGAUAAAAGGCAUCCAGAGUGCAGAGAUCUCAGCAGAACAGUAAUUGAGUGGUCAAAAUCUCAUGACAGAGGCUAUGGGAAUCUUCAGGCUGUUAAUAUGGAAGGUUAUACCUUCAAUGACUUGUCCCUCAAAAUUGGUUUUCCAUAUCUGUACUGUCACCAAGGUGAUUGUGAACACAUUGUUACCAUCACAGACAUAAGGCUUAUUCAUCGUGAUGAUUGUCUGGACAGAACUCGUUAUCCUCUGCUAAUCAAGAAGCCUUGGCUAUAUACCAGAAAAUGCUUUGUGUGCAAAAUGUAUAUAGCCAGAUGGGUGACCAAUGAGGACAGUUUUGCUCCAGAGGACCCCUGCUUCUUCUGUGAUGUUUGUUUCCGAAUGCUCCAUUAUGAUGCAGAAGGCAACAAACUGGGAGAGUUCCUUGCUUACCCUUACGUUGAUCCUGGGACUUUCAACUAAGGCUGGCCUUCACCAGGACGAAUUCAGUGACCUGGAUCAGUGGAUCUACUGCUAUGGCUGUUUGGUUGUUACAAUCAGCAAUCCUUCCAAUGCUGCUUGGCUUGUGUCUUGGGGGGUAAUUUUGAAAAGGACAGUUUGAUUUGCAAAUGCAAAUACAUUUUUUUGAAACCAUCUUGAUUUGAAAAUUCUGGCCAUAGUGUUUUUUGCCCAAGAGCUGACGGUAGGUACCCAGAUCAGUUGAAGGAGAGUAUGUGUUAAGAAACUAGAGAGAACAGUUAUUCAUUUUUAGGUGUUUUCUUCAAGCAGGGGUUACUUGUCAUUUGCCAUACAUUGUCCUUUCAGUUUUCCCUCUGUGAGGGAAGAGGUGUUCGUGAACUGUACAGUUACUGAUCUGUGGUCUGUGUUUCAAAAAUGGUAUGUGUGGGGCAUAAAUGAUUUAAAAAUGGGCAUUAUGCGUUGCAAGUAUUUUUAAAUGGUGCUUGAAUUCUCUUUAUAAAGCACUGUGGAAUUAUUAAAAGUUACCUCUUUAGUA